AUGGCGAGGAGUGGCAGUGAGGAAGCUCUCCUCGCUGCUGGCCGAUCCAAGGAGAAUCUGGACGUGCGAGAGGAGGUGAAGAGGCAGCUAUGGCUGGCGGGGCCGAUGAUUGCCGGAGGGCUCUUGCGGUACGUGAUCCAGAUGAUCUCUGUCAUGUACGUCGGCCACCUCGGUGAGCUACCACUCGCUGGCGCCUCCAUGGCAAACUCCUUCGCCACCGUCACCGGCUUCAGCCUGCUGAUUCCAUCUUCUAGCGAGAGAGGUACUUGA